ACACACACACACACACACACAGUUCAUCCCAAAUUGAUUGGGUCACGAUGGUCACUCUGGGUCCAGGCGUUUUUUUCUUUCUUUUUUUUCAGCAAAGCUGGUUAGUUUAAACAAUGUUAUGAUAAUAUUGAACCAUUUUUUAUUGUAGUAUCACGUUUAAAAAUAUAACGUUUUAUGGCCGCUCAAUCCACGUGAUUAAAACGGCACGCUCUCUUUGGUGCGUAAACCGCAAGGUAGGCGGGGCUGGUUUAACAGCAGCAUUUGUAUUUACGUACAAAGCACGUAAGUAUCUUCAGCGUUCUCCUGUAAUAUUGAACACAAUAGCACAGUGUGUCCAGUUUAAAUAUAAAACUGCUGUUUACGUUAAUGUCAAGUUUCUGUGCUCGUGAACGUGAUCGGAACGGCACGCUCUCACUAGUGUGCCAGCAACCAGGUGUUACGCGGCAAGCGUUGUAGUAGCUUUUAUUUUUAAAUGUCUUCGCUGGGGAUUAUUGAUUUGACGUUAUCGGCGAUGUCAAAAGGACAGGCUCUCAUUAGCGUACCAGCCGCAAAGUUCAUUGAACACGGUUGUCAAAUAAACUUCUUAUCUGCAAAGUCAAGACGAUGACGAAAUCGAACAUUUUAUGGCACAUUUAAUAGGUCCCUUGUGGACAUGCAAUGGCUGCACAAGUUUGUUUCAACUUUCCUGUGUAGCAGAAAGUAGGACAUAGUUAGCUUCACAUCAAGAUUUUGCGGUAUGGGAGUGUUGCAAUCAUAUGUUAAAGGGGCUGUCAUGAUGAUUUGGCGUCUUAUUAAAAUAAAUUCCAAGCAAUGCCCUUAUUUUGCAACAGAACCGGAUUUGCCGGGCUACGAUCGCCUCUUUCCGGUAACUUGAUGCAGGCGGACUGAUGGGACGCCGCAGUGUUCAAACUACAACCGCAACAAUUAAUAAGUAUAUCUUAACCGCAACAAUCAAUAAUAAUAAUCCAGUUAUACAAAAGUCGACGUUAAAAUGCGUGCAAAUGCAUAAUUGUUGAUUGUUUGAUUUUAUUUGGUAUACCUAAUGCGGUGUCUCUGAGGUGUUCCAUCUGCUCCAUAUGGUAUGCUGGAUACCAGGAACAGGAGAGUGUGAUUUUGUGUGUUUUUGUGUUUGCGUGUGUGUAUGUGUUCGUGGUUUAUUUGACUGUCAGCUGUUGCAUCUGUGGCUGACGGGAGACGUGCGCGCGCACACACACACACUUGGCUAGCUUGGUUUUGGUGGUUCAAAGAAAUCGCUCAGUACCGGCAAAAUGGCGUCUUUGUUGAUGGUGGCAUCCAUGCCGCUGCUUCCAGCUGUCAUGCUGGCAUUGGGUCGUCGUCGCGCCCGAGUGGCUCGGUUGUGUCGCAGCGCGCUGGCUUGGACACUGCGGCUGCUGCGGGGACGCGUAUGUGCCAAAAGCACGCACGCCUUUGUCUUCUCCCGGUGCACCCACGGCAAUGCCGGCAGCGUCUUGGAGACCUUUGACAUCUACGCAGAGACACAUGGCUCCGCUGCGGUCGGCCCGCAGAUUGGCCAGGCCUUGGACGAGGUGGUCCGGCGAGUCCGUCCCUUGAGGGUGCUGGAACUGGGCAUGCACUGCGGCUAUAGCUCAGUACUGCUCUUGCGUCUGCUACCCCCUGAUGGAAGGCUGCUCACGGUGGAGCAGGACCCCGCUGUGGCCGGCCUCGGGGAGGAGAUUAUCCUGGUGGCCGGCUUCAAACACACUCAGUUCCAGGUGUUGACAGGCAGCUCAGGCGAGACCAUCCCGACACUUGGCACAUUUCUGGAACCGGCUCCAGGGACCAGCGGCACCUUCAACCUGGUCCUCAUGGACCACGACCCCCAGCAGUACCUUGUGGACCUGCUGGCUCUGGAGAACCAGGGACUGCUGUGCCCCUCCGGCUGCUCUGUAGUUUUGAUCAUCAGGAACCGGAGAGACAAAUGUCUGGAGGAACUCAAGGAACUGAUCCGAGCAAGACCAGAUUGUUACAGCAUUAAGUCGCAGGUUGGCGGGAUGGUGGAGCUCUUCUUCCAGAAAAGCAGCUCCCAAUGACAAUGAUUCCCAUUGGAACUGUUAAGAUAUCAAGCUCUGAUCCCAGAGUAGUUUGCUUCAAACUUCUUACAUGACCAUAAAAAUAAAUUGUUUACAGAAAAUAAAAUUGCA